UAUAACAGCCACAGAAUGAUGUAAAUCAGUUUAGGAAGAAGAUAAGGGCAGACCAAAACUGAAAUCAGAGACAUGGAGGAAGUGAUUAAAGUCCCAAAGGCGAAGCUUAAUUCCGGUCACCAAAUGCCCCUUUUAGCCCUGGGAACUGCGUCUACCUCGCUUCCAAAGGCGGAGCAGUUGACAUCCAUCUUUAUUCACGCCAUAGAGAUGGGGUACCGUCACUUCGACACCGCCGCCGUCUACGGCUCCGAGGAGGCCCUGGGCCGUGCCGUAGCCGCAGCGCUGCAGCGUGGACUUGUUGCGAGCCGCGACGAACUUUUCAUCACUACCAAACUGUGGUGCUCGGAGACUGAGCGUCAUCUUGUCGUUCCAGCCCUUCGGAGAUCGUUGGGGAGGUUGGGGCUAGAUUAUGUGGAUUUAUAUCUAAUACAUUGGCCAUUGAGAUUCAAGGAUUCUGUAGAGGAUGGAAAGAUCAAAACAGAAAAUGUUGUUCCUUUUGAUAUGAAAGGGACAUGGGAAGGAAUGGAAGAGUGUUGCAACUUAGGUUUAGCUAAGUCUAUUGGUGUGUCUAAUUUCACAUCAACAAAGAUUUUACAACUUCUCCAGAAUGCUACCAUUCCGCCUGCAGUUAAUCAGGUGGAGAUGAGUGUUGCAUGGCAGCAAUCUAAACUCUUAGCGUUUUGUAGAGAAAAAGGAAUUCAAGUUAGUGCAUGGAGUCCUCUGGGAGCUAAUGAUGCUCCGUGGGGAAACCCUGGGUUAUUGGAGAUCCCACAACUUAAGGAUGUUGCAAUGGCAAAGCACAAGACCACUGCACAGGUUGCAUUGAGGUGGAUAUAUGAACAAGGAGCAUGUCCAAUUGUAAAGAGUUUUAACAAAGAAAGGAUGAAACAAAACCUUCAAAUCUUGAAUUGGGAACUUGGAGAAGAAGAAAUUGGCAAGAUUCAACAAAUACCACAGCGCAGAGGAUGUAGAGCAGAUAUUUUCGUUCAUCCAAAUGGACCAUACAAAUCAGUAGAGGAACUCUGGGAUGGAGACAUCUGAAAAAUGGCAUUUUUAAAUCAUACUCAAUAAUGAUUGGAAGAAUAAUAAUUUUAUAUUUAUCUUGUUAUUUGUUAAAUUGAACCACAAUAUUGUUGUUUUCUUCUUCGAAUCUCGGAUGUAUUAGCUAGGCGACAAGCCUACAAGGUGUUUAUGGAGUUUAUUUAUUACUAUACGUUUUUUUAUUGAUUUUAAA